UCAUGGUGAGUGUUUUGAUCUCGCGAAUAACAUCAACGGUCGAAAAUUGAGACUGAGAAUGGACAGAACCAUUCGCUAUGAACGCGAAAACUUCGACGAGUCGUGUUGUGAUGAUGUGCCCACGUGUAGUCAAGACAUAAACAUCGGGAUUGAACGAAAACGAUCCAAAGUUCACGGGAAAAAGUGCCCAUCGCCCGAUGUUUUGGCGGAACUGCAGGCUUCGGAUGAUCCUGAUGAGAUUCAAUCGGUACUGGACGAAGUGAGGGCCGGUAGGAUAACACAAACAGUGGAAUUCAUCUUCUCUCUGCGACCGUUCCUCAAAGAUCGGGGGAAAAUUCUUAUCGAGUCCAUGGAGAGGGAUUUGGCAGAUUUUCGAAAAUUAGUUGACGAGACUGUGGAUUACAGAGUGCAAGAUGAAGGUGAUGUCAUGCACUUCAGUCAAAACACCAUGAACGAAAAAUUCCACCAUCUGACGAUGCACAUGAAAGAGAGAACCGCCAGCAUACUGGAAAAAUUGCACAAAAUAUCACCGAAGUUCGAUUGGAAAAACGACGGGAAGGACAUGUCGAAGUUGUCGACACUAAUUAGUAUUGUACGUUUGCUCACACCUAUUAGUGUCGACUCGACCAAGAAUUUAAUCCACCAAAUAUUCAUUCGAAAUCAAUGGUUGAAGCGGGAAUUGCACCGGCUGCAGGAUGAGAAUAACGACCUUAAAAUAUACUUCAAGAGAUCGAAACACCUCGCAGUGGAGAGGAGAGCUGAGCAAAUAAAAGUGCCUCGUAUGCUCGCAGAACAGCAGGAGGUGCUCGAGAAACGUCUCGAGAAAUUGAAGGCAAUUUAUCACAACAAUACUGAAAAAAUCCAUGCUCUGCACGUGAAUUACGAGGCACACAUUCAUACAUAG